AUGAUCAUUCUUGUAACAGGUGGAUCAGGGCUGAUCGGCCGCCGGUUGAUCCCAUUUCUCGAGUCGCUGGGCCAUCGUGUCGUUCGUCUGGUUCGAUCGAGGGACAGGAUCGGCGAGAAGGCGAUCUUCUGGUCCACCGCGGCUGGCCGGUUUCACUGGGAAGAUCCCGACGGGAUAGACGCUGUCGUGCAUUUGGCGGGCGAGUCGAUCAUGGGAAGAUGGACUCCGGCCAAGAAAGCGCGAAUCCGUGAUAGCCGCGUCGACACGACACGCAAGCUGUGUGAGUUCCUGGCUACACUGGAAAGCCCGCCCGCAACCCUUGUGGCCGCGUCUGCAAUCGGUUUUUACGGCGACCGCGGCGAGGAGUUGCUCGGGGAGGAGUCUCUAUCGGGGGACGGAUAUCUUCCCCGGGUAUGCAGGCAGUGGGAAGCGGCAACCGGGCCUGCCCACCAGGCCGGGAUCCGGGUCGUGAAUCUACGCAUUGGCGUAGUGCUUACCCCGGAGGGCGGCGCGCUAGCCCGCAUGUACACGCCCUUCAGGCUGGGACUGGGCGGCAGGAUCGGAGACGGCCGCCAGUACAUGAGCUGGAUUUCCCGGGAAGACUUGACCGCCAUCAUCCGAUUCGCCCUGGAAACCGAAGACCUGGCAGGUCCUGUCAACGCGGUUUCUCCCCAACCCGUUACCAACGCCGAAUUCACCCGGAUUCUAGGCAUGGUGUUGAAGCGCCCGACUUCCUUUACGGUACCCUCCUUCCUGGUCCAACUGGCGUUUGGCGAGAUGGGAAGAGACCUGUUGCUGGCGAGCUCACGGGUCCGCCCCGAACGCUUGCUGGAAGCGGAAUUCGCAUACCGGCAUCCCGAUCUGAAGUCUGCCCUGGACGACCUGUUGCAGCGGCGUACUCCGAGUUGA